CCCUGGGCAGCCCUCCUCUCCCAGCCCGGCCCGCCUGGCAGCGGGGUGGUUGUGGGAAGAGGAAGGCGUAUCGGCUGCGGCAGUUGCCUUGAGGGGUUUCUAAAAGGCUCCUCCGAAGGUAACGCAGCCCUUACAAAAGCCCGGAGUGUUCUGGGCUCUCCGGGAAGGGAGCGCCGCCCUGAGAGCACCUCCGUGUCCGAGGGGCUCCGAGGGUCGGUCUUCGGCCGCCUGAGUGGAGGCGGGCAGGCGGUCGUGCGCCCCAGACCGACGACUCUCGGUCCCGUUCAGCGGCCUGCAGCCCAACGCUCGAGCGGCGCUCCCGUUUGCAAAGUUCCCGGGCAGGGGGUGAAGCCCGGGAGCCCAGAGCAGAGCCUGGGCGGGAGAGGAGGUGCGCCCGUUGCAGCCGCGGAUUUCGUCAGCGUUGCUGAGAAAAGCCAAUAUCCAAACGGCCGCGUGGGGGGGGGGGCGGGGGAGCGGCGGCCACACGUGCGCCUCCCGCCCGACUGCGCAUGCGUGCCACGCCCUCCCGGCCGCGGGGCGGGGCCUCCGCCUGUCAUGGCGGCGCGGCGGCGGUGGUAGCGGUUCCGGUGCCGGUCCGGGCGCGGCGGCAUGGAGGCUCCGCCCGAGCGGGCGGCGGAGCAGGAGCGGCCCCCGUCGCCCCCCGCGCCGGCCCGGGAGCGCGCCCCACCGCAGGCCGUGUACCACCUGAAGUGGGUGCGGUGGCGGGAGGCGAGCGCGCCGGUGGUCACGCAGAACGAGAACGGGCCCUGCCCGCUGCUGGCCGUCAUGAACGCGCUGCUGCUGGCCUGGAAGGUGAAGCUGCCGCCCAUGAUGGAGCUCAUCACCGCCGAGCAGCUGAUGGAGUACCUGGGAGACUAUAUCCUUGAUUCAAAACCAAAAGAAAUCUCUGAAAUCCAGCGUUUAAACUAUGAACAGAAUGUCAGUGAUGCAAUGGCAAUCCUGCACAAGCUUCAGACUGGCCUUGAUGUGAAUGUGAAGUUCACAGGGGUACGAGUAUUUGAAUACACACCCGAAUGCAUCGUGUUCGAUCUUCUUGAUAUUCCGUUAUAUCACGGGUGGUUAGUAGAUCCUCAGGUUGGAGACAUUGUGAAAGCAGUUGGUAACUGCAGCUACAACCAGUUGGUGGAAAAAAUCAUCUGCUGUAAGCAGUCAGACAACAGUGAGCUGAGGAAGGAAGGCUCCACAGCAGAGCAGUUCCUCAGUAGCACAGCCACCCAGUUAACUUACCAUGGCUUGUGUGAGUUGACAUCCACCGUUCAAGAAGGAGAACUGUGCGUGUUCUUCAGAAACAACCACUUCAGCACCAUGACCAAACACAAGGGCCAGCUUUACCUUCUGGUGACCGACCAAGGUUUCCUUACAGAAGAUAAGGUGGUUUGGGAAAGUUUGCACAAUGUGGACGGGGAUGGGAACUUCUGUGAUUCUGAAUUCCACCUGCGACCUCCAUCUGAUCCGGAAACGGUGUACCACGGGCAACAGGAUCAGAUUGACCAGGACUACCUGAUGGCCUUAUCUCUGCAACAAGAGCAGCAAAGCCAAGACCUCAGUUGGGAGCAGCUCCCUGAAGACAUCAGUGACCUCGAACUGGCCAAGAAGCUCCAGGAAGAAGAAGACCGACAGGCCUCGCAGUACUAUCAGGAGCAAGAGCAAGCUGCCACCACCGCCACUGCCACCACCCCUGCGGAAGACCAGCAAGCCCAGGAUGAUGCCAGCCCUCCCUCAGCAGAAAGGCAGCCCGAGGGCAGUGAGCGGAAGAGGAAAGAGCUGCGGGAGAAGGAGAAGAGCGCCUGUGCCAUUUUGUAGCGGAAGGGUGGCUCUGGAGCCCAGCACGUCCGUCUGAAGCACCAGGGAUCCUGUGAGCGGGAGGCCUACCCGCCACCAGUGCCUGGGAAGCCCACAGCCGAUGGCCUCCUUAAGAUCCCCGCGAAUACAGCCUUGCUGAGGGAUCUGGACGGGGGGCAGUCUGCUGUGGAAUGGAGCAUAUUGGGGAGACGGUGAACGUGCCCCCGUAGGGGUAAAGAAGCAGCUCACCACCGCAUCUUUAGAUCAUCACGAGAAGAUGCGACGUGGGGUCCAAGAUGCACUGCAGAACUGCAGAGUUCUGGCAUGGGGGGUCCCUGGACUGGCAGGCUGAGCCCCUCAACAGGCUUCAGCUGAGCUUCCGUGGCUGACUUGGCCAAGAAUCAGGCUUCAGAAUACCUUGAAGCAAGAGGCGGCGAGAUCUCCUCGGGACGAGGCUCGCCAUGGUCUGGUCUUUUAAGUUUUUAAUCAGCUGCCGGACUUUGUAGGGAGGGGGGAGAAUGAAGGAAGCAGAUGCUUACAUUUAUUUGAGAGUGGCAUCAAGCGUGAGCUGCGUGAAGCUGUGGUCGUGAAGCUGUGGUCGGUCACCUGCCACUACAUGUAAACUGUGGGCCCAUUGUUUGUAUCAUGCAAGAUGGAUCGUUUCAGGACACAGACCUUAACAAAUGAAUCCUCUGGGCACCAGUGGCCCUUGCUUGCUCCUUUAAGAUGUGGUUGUGCUCUCUCUGGAGAAAACAUGUCUCUGUGCCCAGUUACCGCUGGGGUGGGGGUAGAAUCCAGUUUUGUAAGACUUAAUAUAAAUCCACAUACUACAAUAGGAUAGAGAGCCUUCUGCCUGGAGUUACCUGUUGACUUAAGGAAGGAAGGCCGUGACCUUCAUCCUCUCAAUAACUUUAUAGCACUUUGCAAAUGCUUUAGACAAUUUUUGCUGUACUUCUAAAGUCUGGACGUAAGGCCAGACUUCGCUGUUGAUAUACAGAGUCCCACGCCAACAUUCAUACAGAAUGUGACAAUCUACAGGGAAGGAGAUGAUUGAAAUGUCAUUGAAGACCUGUAACUUAAUAUUUUUUCCUGAAGUUUUUUGGAUGGAGUCUUAAACUAGCAAGGCAGUGACCUGUCUAACUCUUGCCUUACAGUUCUUUAAAUACCUUAAGUCGGAGGACAGUGAAAGGGGAAAGGAAUAAAUAUUUAAUUUUAGUGA